CGUCUCUGACAUCCGGGAACCCGGUACGGAGGAAAAUACACGUGAUGACGUUGCCACAACAAAAAAAAGGCGGGGGAGUUCGUCGUUAGCCGUUCCUCCUCCUCUAGCAGCAGCAGCCGCCGCAAUGGCUGACUAGAGCGAUAAGCGGCAAACAGAUCGAUAGAAAUGGAGGUGGUGGAUAGCGACACGAAUCAAUGGGUGGCGGACGAACAGGAGGAAACCACCAAGCCCUCGACGUCGCGCAACAUUGCCGGGUCCAUUAAAACGAAAGAGUUCGAUUCCAUCUUGUACGGGCCAGUUGUGGAUUAUUCCUUCAGAAAUCUGGAAACCUUACCUGACUGCGUCAAACUGACCCCGCGGACUGGCUUCAGACCAAACGAAUACACAGAGGAUAAGAAACUGAAGAGCUGCUCCUUGCGUCUGAGCCAUAACCGUCUGUGUGACCUGAGUGGGCUGCAGCAGGUGGUUGAUGCGUUGCUUGUGGAACCAGAACGUUUGUUUUGGAUUGACCUCUCCUUCAACAGCUUUCCCACUAUUGACCCUGUCCUCAUCCAGUGUACCAAACUACAAAUUCUCAAUCUACACAGUAACCAGAUCAGUGAGCUUUAUGAGGUGGAUAAGUUGGCAUCAUUGCCUCACCUACGGAGCCUGACACUACAUGGCAACCCCCUGGAACUGGUCAAAGGAUACAGGAGUUAUGUAGUGGGAGCUGUCCCACAGUUAAAAUCACUAGACUACAGCACAAUCACCAAACAAGAUCGUUCUACUGCCACUGUCCUGAAGUCAUUCACCAAACGCAAGCGUGUCGCUAGAAGAAAGUAUGACGACUGAUGCCCAACUGAUGUCUCACUGGCCUUCUCCUUAAAUCAAGAACAUGAACUCACUCUGCAACUUUCCCUAAUUCAUUUUGAAAAUAUUGAGCACUUAUGAUUCUUAAUAAGAUUACUCAGUCUCUUUCUCUUGUGUGUGUGUGUAUGGAAGGAUGGUGGGAGGGAGCAGAGAGAAGGGUUAUAGAGGAUGCACUUGAAUGCAGAUCAAAUCUCUUUCCCCCCGUCCCAGACUGCAUUGGACUCCUCCACAGGCCAAGAAAAGUCAUUUUCAGCUGCAAGCUGUAGCUCAAGUGCUGCUGCCUUGCUAAUCAAGUUUGCCACAAGAGUUGACCCUUUGACAUCAAUGACAAAAUGUGGAUAUGGAGACAGUGGAGGGAUAUAGAAGAAAGAGUGAACGAGCGCAUGUAUGUGUGUGUAUAGAUGGGUGGUGGGGAGAACGGUGUGUGUCAGGGUGUAGACAUGGGAAAGAGGCAAAUAUUUAGAUACCAUAACGAGGUUAGACAGGAAAACAGCACCUGGUCUUGAGCUGAUUCCUUAUAUUUGCAAAGUUUUUUUAAAAUCAAAUCCCAACUUCCAAUUACAUAGUCACAUCCCACUACUUCUCAGUAAUGUCUCCUGAGAGUGGUGACAGAUUGGAUUUAAAAACCCAACGCCAAUUGUGGGCUAGAGAUUCCUUUAUGAAUCAUGUGAGCAAUUAAAAAAGCACAGGGAACCAUAAGCAGCAUGAGCAGGUGGUUAAGAGUCCCUGGAAGACAUAGAAGCAGGAGUAGGCUGUUUGGCCCAUUUACUCUGCCUUUCAAUGAAAUAACAAUUGAACUGAUCAUCCUCAACUUCACUUUUCUACCUUUUGUGUGUUUUUUGCAACUUUGAUUCCAUUCCCAAUGACAAAAAAGUAUGCAAGUCUCGACAUACUUAAAAUGACCCAGCAUCAAUAGUCCUCUGUGGUAAAAGAAUUUGAUAGAUUCGCUACCCUUUAAAGAAAGUUCCCUUCAUUUCUUUCUUAAAAAGGGUGACCCCUUACUCUUCCCAACACUCUGAAAGGCCUGCAGUAAAUCAGUACCAGAGCCUGACAUUAGUCUGCUGUUCGUGCAAAGAGGAACUGUCCCUCAUCGAAACCAUUUCCUUCUCAGAUGUAAUUACAUGACUUAAACUUCACUUCUCUCAAAGAAUUGUGAAUCUGUGACACUCACUGCCCCAGACUCCCAGUAGUAGACUUGCCAAGUUUAGGGGCAUUUAAAUGGUCAUUGGAUAAACAUACAGAUAAUAAUGGAAUAGUGUGGGUUAGAUGGGCUUCAGUUUGGUUUCACAAGUCAGCAAAACAUCGAGGGCCAAAAGGCCUGUAUUGUUCUAUGUUCUAGACUACAUAAGGAAGAAAUAGAUGCGUUUCUGAUGAAAAGCAGGAUAAAAGGGCUAUGGGGAGCAGACAGGAAAGGGGAAUUCAGACCAGGAUAAGAUCAACCCUGGUCCUGUUAAAUGGCAGAACAGACUCAAAGGGCUGAAUUGCCUACUCCCAUUCCUAGCACCCACAUCACUGGCUCUUCCCAUUUAAUUUAAAUCUCCAGUCACUGUUCAUACACAAGUCCCUCGUGCUCUUCUUAGGCUGUGCAGAACCAGCUGGCUCUCUGAUUAACAAACAUUUUAUAUUGGGAAAUAAAUUUUGUGGUUGUGUUGAAAUCCCGAACCUCAACAUGAGAGUAAUAAUAUUAUUCCUAAUUUUUAAAAAAAGUAAAAAUGUUAAAGAUAUUCAGCAGAUCUGACAUCUGUGGAAAGAAAAAUUCGUGGAGCUGGAUGAACACAGCAGGCCAAGCAGCAUCUUCAGGCCCAGACCUUCCA